ACUGCGGGGGCUCUGGGGACAGCCCGUGCUGCCGGGUACCGGCGGUGCUGGGGACAGGAGCGGGGCACAGGGAGGCAGCGGCUCCCCAAGGCAGGGGCGCAGUGCCCGGCCCGGGGGUGCCCCGGGGUGCGGGUCCUUCCUCCGAGCUCUGCCGAGGGGACCUGCCCGUGCUGGGGGAGCUGUCCGGAAGGUUCGGGGGGUGCCCGUGUCCCGCGGCGUGACCGGAAACCUCCUCCCUUCCCGUGCCGGGGCCCGCGGCGGGGGUGGCGGCAUCGCCCGUGUCCCCGCAGAUGCUGUGACAGCCAUGUCGGACGAGAAGCCGCCCCAGCUCGUGGAUUAUUUCGUGGUGGCCGGGCUGGCGGAGGCGUCGCGGGCGCUGGAGGAGGAGCAGCAGCCGCGGCCGGCGCGGCCCGGGGAGCCCAUCACGGACGUGGCCGUGAUCAUCCGCUCGCAGGGCGAGGAGGUGCCCCAGGGCUUCACCUGCAUCGAGACCAGCACGUCGGGCCACCCCGUGGACCUCAACGCGGGGCUGCUCAACAACCCCCAGAUGUUCCUGUGCUACAAACGCGGGCGGGACAAGCCCCCCCUGAUCGAGCUGGGGGUGCACUAUGAGGGCAAGGACCGCCCGAAGCCGGGCUACCAGAUCCUGGACACGACCCCCUACAGCCGCUCGGCCAACCUGGCCUCGGGCUCCCCGGGCCACCAGCGCACGUUCCUGACGUUCCGGCGCGCGGCCGAGCCCCCCGGCCACCACACGCUGGGGGUCACCGACAUCUGCCUGGUGAUGCCCAGCAAGGGCGAGAGCACGCCCCACACCUUCUGCCGCGUGGACAAGAACCUCAACACCAGCAUGUGGGGCCCCGCGUUGUUCCUGUGCUACAAGAUCGCCGUGGCCAAGGACAACACACUGGUCUACGAGGCAGGUGGGGACCUCGGGCUGGGGGUUUUGGGACCCCCCAGGCGAAGCCAGAGUCGUUUACUGUCAUUUUUAUUUUUUAAAAUAUUUUCUGUGUUAAUUAAUCUCCCACAGCUCGUGCGGGUGCUGAGCGCUCCGGGCGAGGAGGAGCCUCCGGAGCUGGUUCUGAGCGACGCCGAGGCCGCGGGGGCGCGCCGGGCGCAGCUGGAGCUGGAGGCUCGGGCGGCCUUCCUGCGCUUCAUGGCCUGCGCCCUGCGCGGCUACCGCUCCUUCCUGCGCCCCAUCGCGCCCGCGCCCGCCCCGGCCGGCCGCGACGCCGGCAGCCUCUUCGCGCUGCAGGGGUUCCUGCGCUCCCGGGAGCGGGCGUACCAGCGCUUCUACGGGCAGCUGCUGCGCACGCAGCUCUUCACGCAGUUCAUCGAGGACUGCUCCUUCGCCAGCGACCGCGAGCCCUGCCUCGNCGCCAUCCAGUUCCACGAGGCGUUCCCGCGGGAGCGGCUGUCGGAGGCGCAGGCGCUGCGCCUGGGGCUGCUCAGCGUGGUGGAUCGGCGGCCGGUGCCCGGGCGCUCCCUGCACACCCGCAAGAGCAUCUGCGUCCUGUCCCACUGGCCCUUCUUCGACGUCUUCCGCAAGUUCCUCAUGUUCAUCUACCGCUACUCCAUCUCGGGCCCCCACGUGCUGCCCCUGGAGACGCACAUCUCCCACUUCAUGCACAACGUGCCCUUCCCGUCCCCGCAGCGCCCGCGGAUCCUGGUCCAGAUGUCCCCGUACGACAGCCUGCUGCUGUGCCGGCCCGUGUCCUCCCCGCUGCCGCUCAGCGGGGCCAGUUUCCUGACGCUGCUGCAGAACCUGGGCCCCGACAACGCGGUGGCGCUGCUGGUGGCCGUCCUCACCGAGCAGAAGCUGCUCAUCCACUCCCUGCGCCCCGAUGUCCUGACCAGCGUGGGCGAAGCCCUGGUGGCGGUGAGUGACCGCAGGGGACACGGCGGGGACGCCGUGGGGCUGGGGAUCCCUGUCCUGUGGGGAUCCCUGUCCCGUGGGGAUCCCUGUCCUGCCGGGGGGAUUUGGGAUCUGCUCGCAGGAACAGGGACAGGAGGAGAGGGAACGGCCCCAGGGCAGCUCAGGGUGGAUUUUCAGGAAAACUCCUCCUGGAAAAGGCCGCGCAGGGAGGUUUGGAGUGGCCAUCCCGGGGUGCCCGGGUGGGCACAGCCUGGUCUCUGUGUUCCGGGGGCUCUUUGCCCCCCGGGUGACCGCGGGUGUCCCCAGGUGUGUUACCGCAUCCUGAUGCAGCUGUGCGGGCAGUACGGGGAGCCCGUGCUCUCCGUGCGCGUCCUGCUGGAGAUGAAACGCGCCGGCAUCGUCCCCAACACCGUCACCUACGGCUACUACAACAAGGCGGUGCUGGAGAGCAAGUGGCCGGCGGGGACGCAGGGGGGGCGGCUGCGCUGGGCCAAGCUGCGGAACGUGGUGCUGGGGGCGGCGCAGUUCCGGCAGCCGCUGCGGGAGCGCCGGAGCGCGGCCGGAGACCCCCCGGGUGAGGGGUCUGGGGGGAACGGGGGGACCCCGUCACCCCCCCGUGCUGCUGUCCAGCUGCUCGCGCUGCCCGUUUGGGGGGCAGAGCCCAGCUCAGGUGCUGCCCCCCAGGUGCUGCUGUCCAGCUGCUCGCGCUGCCCGGGCUGUGCCGGGCUCGUGUUCGACGAGGAGCUCAUGGCCGGCUGGACCUCGGACGACUCCAACCUCAACACCUCCUGCCCCUUCUGCUCCCGCUCCUUCGUGCCCUUCCUGAGCAUCGAGAUCCGCGACUUCCGGCGCCCCCCCAGCCCCCCCGGGGCCGGCCCGGUGCCCCCCUCCCCGCAGGGGCCGGUGCUCAGCGACCGCCGGCGCUGCCUGGAGCUGGACGAGACCCCCGAGCUGUGCAACGGCUGCGCCGACACCCCGCCCCCGGGGCGCUGGGAGCGCGUGGCCUUCGCCUACCUGAGCCCGCUGGUGCUGCGCAAGGAGCUGGAGAGCCUGGUGGAGAACGAGGGCGGGGAGCUGCUGGCGCGCCCCGAGCUCGUGGACAGCCACCCCAUCAUCUACUGGAACCUGGUGUGGUACUUCCAGCGCCUGGCCCUGCCCAGCAACCUCCCCCUGCUGCUGCUGGGCUCCCAGCACGCCCCCCGCGACCCCCAGCCCCCCGAGCCCUCCCGCGUCCGCGUGCGGCUCCUGUGGGAUGUGCUGAGCCCCGACCCCGAGAGCUGCCCCCCGCUCUACGUCCUGUGGAGGCUGCACAGUGAGCGGGGAACGGGGUUUGACCGCCGGUACCGCUCGGCGCUGGCCAAGCUCGGGGGGUCCCUGUGCCGGGACGAGCUGCGGCGGCGCCGGGCGCAGCCCCCCAGCGCCAAAGCCUCCGACUGCCGGCGCACCUUCGGGGCUCCCCCCGAGUGCUGAACCCCAAAAUCUCCGGGGGACACAGGGACCCCCCAGCAGUGUUAAACGGGACCCCCAAAGUGUGACAGGGACCCCCUUCAAAUGCUGCGGGGCGGGGAGAAGAGACCCCCCCGUAACCCGCAGGCUCACCACGGGUUUUAUAUGUCAGUGUUAAUAUAUUUUUAUUUAUUUAUUCACCCCCCAGAGUGAGAGCGCGGAUGGGACGGGCAGGGGCGGCUCUGGGGGUUUCCCGUUCCUCGUUUCUAACCCCGGUUCUCAGCCCGGGGGGGGUUUGGGGUGGGUUUUUCCCCCCUCAGGUGGUGUCAGGGCAGCCGGGUUUGGGUUUGUGUCCCCCCGAUCUCCCGGGCCCCCCGGGGGGGUUCGGUGGCCAUCGGGAGGGGGUUCGGGGCCGCCCCCUCCCCUUGCACUGUGCAAUAGCAGCCCCCGCCCCAGGGGCCUGUAAAUAAAAGCUGCUGCGGUAUUUUC